AUGACUACCGGUCCCCUAUGGCACCGGUAUGUCAAACAAUCAGUUCAGAGUUGUCAUCAAAAUUUUUGGACCAAUCUAUUGUAUAUUAAUAAUCUAUAUGAUGCAGAUAAUAUGUGUUUAUCUCAUACCUGGUAUCUAGCAGUUGAUAUGCAAUUAUUUUUAAUUUCACCAAUUUUUACAAUAUUAUUGUCUUGCAAACAAUAUAGUUAUGACAACCCGGCCAGUGUUAUAUACGGUACACUAUUGCGUACACUACUAGCUCUAGCCAUGGCCUAUAUGCUGUAUACCUGUGCUACAGGACAGUCAGGUCCGGUCAAUCGUAUACUUUCCUGGUCAGCGUUUGUACCGUUAAGUAAACUAUCGUAUCAGACAUAUCUCUAUCAUUUUGUUAUCAUUCAGCUGUUUGUCUAUACAGUUGAACAACCAAUUAUAUCAUUUAUUCAAUGGUCAGUACUGGCAAUUUUGGUCAGUUAUGUGGCAUAUAUUAUGUUUGAAGCGCCUGUAUCUAAGAUUGAAAAAAUAUUGUUUCAAUUGUUUUCCAGUUUAACAAUUAUUUUAUAUCUAUUAAUAAUUAGUUGUCAAUCAAAACAAUUGCCAAACAUUGUCCUAAUACUGACCGACGACUACGGCUGGGCUGAUGUUGGCUAUCAUUCCGAUCACAUGCGGACACCCAAUAUCGACACACUGGCCGCCGACGGUAUUGUUUUGAACCGGUAUUAUACACUACCGUUGUGUACGCCCAGUAGGGCUGCACUGUUGACUGGCAUUCAUCCGAUUCAUACGGGUCUACAAUCGCUGGUCAUUGACGGCCGACAGCCAAUCGGUUUGCCACUGAAUGUCCAGCUAUGGCCACAGUAUCUCAAACCAUACAACUAUAGUACACAUAUUGUCGGCAAAUGGCAUCUGGGUUUCUAUAAGCAUGACUACACACCGACCUACCGGGGCUUUGACACACACCUGGGCUACUGGAACGGUGGCGAAGACUACUUUACCCAUCAGGCGUGCGAAACUUCAUGGACUACUGGGACAGGUAUGUUGUUGGACAACAACAACAACAACGAUACUGUAUGCGGACUAGACUUUCGACAUAAUAUGGAUGUGAUCGGCGGUGACGACAUCAGCGGUAACUAUUCGACUACAGUGUAUGCGAACCGGUGUCUGGACAUCAUUGACAAACACGACACCCGACAGCCAUUGUUUCUCUAUAUGGCCCAUCAGGCUGUCCAUUCAGCUGACGUAUCCAAUGUGUUGGAGGCGCCCGAUAAGUAUGUCGACAUGUUUGCCAAUAUUAGGAAUAAAAGGCGCAGUACUUUGGCUGCUAUGGCCUACGCUAUGGACGAAUCGGUCGGUACUUUAGUCGAUAGGCUGUACUCGAGAGGAAUGUUAGACAACACUGUUUUGGUGUUUCUCAGCGAUAAUGGUGGUCAACCUAACGGAGUGUUUAGUAACGAAGCUUAUAAUACACCCCUGAGAGGCGUCAAAGCCCACCUAUGGGAAGGAGGCAUACGAGUGCCGGCAUUCAUAUGGAGUCCCUUAUUGAACACCAGUGGCUAUGUAUCCGAUGAGCUGAUCCAUGUAACUGAUAUAUUGCCGACAGUGUUGGAGGCUAUCGGUGCCAAUAUUGAAGGACAAAACAAUAUAUACGGUGUUUCUCAAUGGAAAACAUUGACAAACAGGGAGACAUCCCGGCGCCAUGAGAUCAUACAUAAUAUCGAUCCAAUACUUAAUCAAUCGGCUAUUGUGCGAAACAAUUGGAAACUGAUUCAGGGAUUCAUACCAAAUGGUAAUGACUGGUAUAUACCGUCUACCAGUGCUGCAGCUGAUGAUGACAAUCAACAACAACAACAACAACAGUAUGCAAACUGGGACUUGAAAAUCACAGACCGUCUCAAUAGUAGUGCCUAUAAAGUGCUGCAACAAAUGCAUAGACAACCCAACUAUGAUAUGCUGAACGCGUCGACCAUUAGGUGCGGACCAAAACCGGCCAACGCAUCGACCAAUUGUCAACUGGACAGAGAGCUAUGUUUGUUUAACAUACGGGACGACCCGUGCGAAUAUCAUAACCGGGCUCAGGACUAUCCAGAAUUGGUCGAACAAUUGUGGAAUCGGUUGCUGAAAAUCAAUGAGACUACUGUUCCUCCAUUGGCUCUCUCGCCCAUUGAUGACAAAAGUAAUCCUAAAUAUCAUAAUAAUACAUGGAUUUGUUGGAUGGAUAGCUAAAUAU